GAGCUGUUGAACGAAGCGGCUGGGAUUGCUAGCUGUCUUACACGGCAUCUUUUCAUGCGCGCAUGUUGGUCCGUCUGCUAGCGCUGCGCCCGUCUGCUAGUCUAGACGCAGCUGACGGUCAUAUUCCAUGUUGGCCGGUUGGCCUGUUCGUGAUACUAAACAUUUCUUUCAUGGUCAUCCCAGAACGAAAGAGGUUGGAUCGUCUGGUCGACCUAUCUAUAUAUGUAUAUAUAUCUAUAACGGAAAGGAAGUCCAAGCAAGACAUUUGCAAGCAUUCUAUUUGUACUCAACGGCCCGAGCAGUUUCCCCGAUCAUAUUUCUAGGCUUCGCCCGACCUCUUGACAGAGAUCAUCUCGUCAACAAAAACUCCCGACCGAAGCCAUGCAGUUCUCCACGAUACUCCCCAUCCUCCUUGCGGCUGCAGUCAGCACAUCUGCCGCUCCAACGGCCAACAUAGCCAAGAGAGAAAUCGGCGGCGUGCUCAUCUGCCAAGGCGUUAACGCAACGGGAACAUGCGCCUAUUCGGCGUACACCAUGGAAGACUGCCAUGACCUGCCCGACAAUCUAUCCGGGAAUGCAGCGACGUUCGCGCCGGAUGGGGACAACUUUUACUGCUAUCCGAAAGCUGGCAAAUGCGCCGACAUCUGCACAUCUCCUACCGGUUGCACCUUCGGCGCGGUCUCGUUUGACUCACCUGUCAAGUACGAUUUGACGUCUAUCAAGUGGCAGACCCUCCUCAAGAGCUUUACCUGCCACUUGAACACCACGACAACGGCAUAGGUUGACCGGCCGUUGCUAUGAUGAUAACGAUUCGCUGGUCCACCAUCCUGUUACCCGAUUUUCCUUUCCGAAGAAUCUCACAGAAACCUCGCAUUGGAGCAACGGCCAAAAUGGCGUUUGAUUCUGCACGGUAGCACCCAAAACAAUAGCGAUGACAUUGAUUAGCGCAAGGAAUGAAGACAAGAGGUAGAGCAGGAGUCUAGCAAUGAACGACACCUUGCAAAGUCUGGGUGUUCUGGGCAUGGUUCGGGGGUUCGGAGACUGUGACGACAUGGCGAUGUGGGGUAAUGUCUCAUAAAGUGUCUUCGGCGCUGGGAGGGGUUGCUAUGCAAAAAAGGGUCUAACGUACGACCCCACCUUUCCGGCCACCCACCUUUCUGGCCAUAUAUUACAAUCCAAUUGAAGGUAUUCGAAACAGUGUAUUCAACGUACUAUUAUAGCUAUUCAGAUAC